AUGACCGGAAGCAAUCGAUCUGAUGGAAGAGACGAUGGCGGCGUCGCCGAUGUCGAAGUCAAUCAAUCUGACUCGGCGACGAUUCUCUACUCGUCGGGCACUACCGGACGAGUGAAAGGCGUCAUACUAACUCACCGGAACCUCAUUGUGGUGAACUCUGCGCCUCGUGGUCUCCACCCUAUGGUCGACCAAGGAGAGAUGGAGCCACAUCCCGCCUCUCUGUGUCUGUUACCUCUGUUCCAUGUUUACGGCUUCGUCAUGUUGAUUCGAGCGAUUGCACGAGGCGAAACCUUGGUUCUGAUGCACAGAUUCCAUUUCGAGGAGAUGUUAAGAGCAGUGGAGAAGUAUAAGGUCAUGUACAUCCCGGUUUCUCCGCCGCUGGUGGUGGCGUUGGCUAAGUCGGAGCUGGCGGCGAAGUACGACCUCAGUUCUCUUCAAAUUUUGGGAUGCGGCGGCGCACCCCUUGCGAAAGAAAUCAUCGACAAAUUCCAUGAGAAGUUCCCCAACGUGGAAAUUGUACAGGGAUAUGGCCUGACAGAGAGUACAGCAGGGGCAUCGAGGACUCUGGGGCCUGAGGAAUCCAAUAAUACAAGUUCAGUAGGUCGCUUAUCUGAAAGUAUGGAAGCCAAGAUAGUGGAUCCUGCGUCUGGAGAGGCUUUACCUCCUGGUCACAGAGGAGAGCUUUGGCUGCGAGGGCCAGGAAUCAUGAAAGGUUAUGUUGGAGAUGACAAGGCAGCUGCUGAAACCUUGCAUCCGGAGGGAUGGCUAAAGACUGGUGAUCUUUGCUGUUUUGAUUCUGAUGGAUACCUCUACAUUGUUGACAGAUUAAAAGAAUUGAUCAAGUACAAAGCUUAUCAGGUCCCUCCUGCUGAACUGGAACAUUUGCUCCAAUCCAACCCCGAGAUCAUUGACGCUGCUGUGAUACCCUAUCCUGAUGAAGAAGCUGGAGAGAUUCCUAUGGCUUAUGUGGUUAGAAAGCCUGGAAGCAAUAUCACUGAGGCCCAAGUCAUUGAUUUCAUUGCAAAACAGGUUGCACCGUACAAGAAAAUUCGACGAGUGUCUUUUAUCAACGCAAUCCCGAAAUCGCCUUCAGGGAAGAUUCUUAGGAGGGAGCUUGUCAAACAUGCCCUCUCUCAAGGUUCUAAUAAAUUCCAAAGCUCUGUGGAAAUGGCGGCCAACCCACCAUCAUAUCAUCAUCUUCAUCAACAACUCUGGAGAACAGCAUCCACGAUCUCCUGCAUGGCCCAUCUUCACACAUAUUAAAAUUCUCCAAAAAGAGACAUGUUUCAGCCUAAUUUCUCAGCGCCGGAAAAAUUCAAUUUUGGAGCUCCUGCCGGCGGUGGCUUCCAUCUUUCAAGGUGAAUUUCUUCUGUAAAUGUUGGUCUUGAUUCCGACCAAUUCAGCCAAAAAAACAACCCCAAAUAAAGAAGACACCUCUGUUAUUGUGUUUCCAUAUUAUUUGAUCUUCAUUUUAAGUUUCGUCUAUAUAUUAGAAAAUUCUAAUAUUUAUUUAUUUUUCGUUUA